CUAAAAUUUGAAUACUGUAAGCAAUCCAAACAAAAUGGCGUCUUUAGCAAGUGCUUCAUAAUAUUCUCAGCGUUUGAGUGCGUGAAACAAACGUUCAAGAUUAAGAAAACAACAUGGAUACGAGUAUAAGAUCCUUAUUGAUUUCCGCCGAAAAAACCAGCGGUCAAGACAAGAAUCCUGCAUUGCUUCAAGCAUACGGUCUACUGCGAAAUGUUGCAGAAACGAAGCCUUCAGUGGAUGGGCCAGAUGCUUUCAGUCCUGAUUUGUAUGUUCUCUGUGCGGAGAUUGCCUUUCAGAAUGGCAUGAUAGAGGUCACACGUGAAUGUUUAAAGAUGUACUUCAUGAAACCUCCUCCGUCUAACCAGUUCCUGUGUCGGGCGUACCUGUGUCAGGCCCAAAUACUGGCGCCAACUGCUACCAUCCCAGAACAGCUUGAAAAGGCUGUCGUCUACUUGCUGAAGGCUAUAUCGUUUGCUAAGGAAAAUACUAGAUACCAUUUCCUUGUGUACAACGCCUCAGUAAUCUACUGGCAGUUCUGUCGGCCAUUCCUCAAGACAAACUUCAAGCAGUACCUGGCCCGCAGCCUGCACGCAGUAGUGAAAGCACUCGACGAGAUUGACGAUAAGGAUUUUGAGUGGAGGGCUCAGCUGAUGAUUGCUCUGAUCGAGUGUAACCUUGAUGCUGGCAAGAAGUCAGACGCUUCCACCAUCGCCACAUCUGCAGCCACCUUCAUACGCCAGAAUGUUCCCCAGCUGUAUAAGCAAGUCUUUGGACUCAUUGUAAGGAACCAGUUGAUGGACUCCUCCAAGCUUCAGAAGGACACGAAGAAUUCUGGUGAACUCGGCAUCUACUACCAGAUCUGCAAACUGAAAGUGUCCCUACAGAACAAUGAGCCCCGUGAAUACCACGAGGAGAUCCAGAGACUUCUCAACCAGCUGGGGGUGCAGCACAUUAAGGGGAAGAAGCGCGGUACAUCCCCAGAUACCAGCACAGACACAGACAGUAAAUUAGUCUCUAGAGAUGUUACAAACUUGAGCGAGGUCUCGCUAGAGGACAGAGCCAGAUCUUCCUCAGGAAAGGCUAAACUUGAGGAUCUGAGAAAGGCUUUACUUUCUGAGAAAACCAGUGACUCUUUAAAGUCCCGGUCCCCAGUGGUCCCAAGAGACGGGUCCCCUAAAAUGUCGGCCUUGAGUCCCUUGAAACAGAAAACAGGAAAGGAGACUGAUCGGAAAAGCCCUUCCAAGACAGGUAGACGCACUCCUACGCCUGUUAGUACCAAGAGAAUAGCCGCUGACAGCGAAGAAAAGCCUUAUCUGCUGCUUGAGCUUGCAAGACUCUGUCUGGAGCAGAACUUUCCUGGGCUGGCACAUGACUGUGCAGAACACAUGAAGGCUUGCAACCUCAAGGACCCUGGGUUUUACAUAGAGCUGGAGUUCCUACAGUGUGAGAUCAUGGUGAAGCAGCUUGCUGAUAAACAGGAGUCCCUGCACAAGCAUGUUGUGGAUAUCCGUAUGCAGGCCAUCAAGCGCUGCAGUGAGGUGAUCAUGAACGCUGUGCGGCUUAACGACCCCAAUGUGAUCCAGGCCGGCUGCGUGACCCAGUGGAACCUGUGCCUGCCCCUGCUGCAGCCCAACCUGCGCCAUUAUGUGCGAAAACCUCUCACCCAAGUAGCUGAGGCACUGGAAGAUAUUCAGAGUCUUCUGGUACAGCUGAGAUGUCAGAUCCACACGGAGCUUGCCAAGUGUGAGGAGGAUGAGGAACAGAUUGAGGUCGCCAUGAACAACCUCAAGAAGGCACUAGCCCUGGAUGAUGCCAAGAUCUACACCGAGAGACUGGAGGUGAUGCUACAUAGACUGGAGCUGAGGUCUGAGCUCUACAAGCAACCUGAGAGGCCAGAAGAUAUUGCUGGCAUGAUCAUUGAGCAGGCGCGCAAGGCCAACUCGGGUACGAUGAGGAUGAAGAGGUCGCUGCUGGUGAAGGCUGGGGAGGCCCUGGCGCCGGACGCAUUCAGCCUUGUCCUAGACAGUGAGAGCAGCACUAAAGAUGUCACUGGAGGCAAGGCUCCACUCACUGUUAUCAAGAAGCUGGCCAACAAGGCCCGGCAGUUCAACAAGUGUGUGAAGAAGGCAGCCGGGCACCUGCAGAGGCUCGGCAACGAAAAUGACCGUGAAAGGUCACGACUGUGGGGAGACCUUGCAAAGACGGCUCGUAAACAGGAAGUGUGGGAUGUGUGUCGUGUUGCCUCGCGGUUCUGUCUGCUCUACGACGACGGAAGAUGGAAAAUAGAGGAGACUCCAGAGAAGUUUGAAAGUCCAAAGCCUGAGAAGCCCAAGACCCAGGUUGACGUGUCUGCCUCUCAGGACGGUACCCAGCUCAGCAUGGACAAGAAGGGAAGUGAUCCUCCCGCUGAGGGGAGCCGCCCCAGCUCCCCAGGGUUACAAUCCACUCUGUAUGACAAGGAUCUGCUCAGGAUGUUUGCAGAAGUGAACUUCAUUCAGGGAGAGGCCAUGGUUCACCUGUUGAGAUCUGAGGGAGUGCAGUUAAAUGACCUGCCCAUCCCCCCAGUGGACAAGAGUAAGAGACCCAAGGGAUAUGUUGCCAAGAAACCUGAAGAAGAUCCUGAUUGGAUAGAAUAUUGUGACUGGAUCAAGUCCCUGUCUGAGAGUGGCACUGGCAGUUUCCUGCGCGGGCUAGCACUUGGAGUAGAGCUCCAGGAGGCGUGGCUUGUGUGUUGUGGCGCCACAUACGUGUGGAACUACAACAACCACCUGCUGACACAACUCAGGCAUCGUGAGAUCAUGGCAACCCUCACCACCGUGUUUGAGGGACUCAAGAAAGUGGGCCAUGCAAAUGAGACAAGUUCCCUGGUCAACAUCUGCAAUGCCCUGGCCUACGCCCUCAUGAAGCCCUGGUUCCCUAAGCCCGUGAAGGAGCCCAGCCCUCCCGCCACACCGGGUGCCAGUGACAGCCCACGCGCCAAGGGCGGCAAGGACAAGGGGGGUCAGAAGAACAAGAGCACUGUGAAUGGCAUAUCCAUAGCAACCGAGGCCAUGCCAGAUCUCAAGAAGGCCAUUGAGGUAUGUGAGUACGUGCUUGGGGUGACCAAUGGUACCAACCCUCAGGAUGUUGUGUCCAUACUGGUCCGCAUGCCCAUACUGCAGACGUGGACUGCGGCCAAACAGAUGGCCCAACAGCAGAUCUCCAAGAACCUUGGCCUUGAUGACGAGCCCUACACUGAAGGUCAGCGUGCAAUGUCAAGGUCAAUUGUGGCAGUGGAAAUGUUGAAACUCAACAAGAAUGGAAUCAUGGAGCUUAAGGAAGUGCCUGCUAUUGCAGAGGUUGCCAACAUGGUGGAGGAGUGCAAAUGGUUGGAGAAGUUUGUGGAGCUUCAGCUGUGGACGCAGCUUACCUCCCUUGCGUACGAUCAGCGACUCCAUCCCCUUGUGUUGAGAUGCAGCAAGAAGGCCCUACGGUUUGCAUCCGGGGGAACUCAGCCCAAGGGAAAGACAGUAGACGGUCACAUGCAGAUGGUUGAGUUCGAGAUGCUUAGUUUCUCUAGUGGCAUUCUCGGACAAAGUCUCGUGGACAACAUGGGCGGCAAGAACGCCAUACGAAGGGAGGCCCUCUCGGCUUUCCUCAACAGUGCAAGGUUUGCCAUGAAGGCUGAUAACUAUGAUCAGGUGAUGAUUGCAGCUCGACAUUACUGGAACGCAUGUUGCCCUCUUGUCAGUCAGCCAAUAGAACGAGAGCUUCUACGGGAACCAAUCAAAAUCAUCCUCCAAUGUAUCACAGAGACUGCAGACAGCUUGAAGAAGAAACAGGAGAAGUCUGACCCAGACAAAGAGGGGGACCACCCAGACGAGGGGCCAGCAGGGGCCGGAGGUCAAGGAGUCGGGGGGUCUGGGGACCAGAAGGAGGAGAAGACUGUAGGGGGCAUAGGGGCCAUAGAGGAUGAUCUCACACUGAGGGCUGCACUCUAUGGUGUCCUCUUCCAGUCUUACGCUGACAAAGGAGAGUGGGAGGUGGGACUGCAGGCCAUGGAUCAGGCAAUCACUGACAUGCCACGCACCAAACACAGGCUGUUAGUGUUCAAGCACAGAGUGAUGACAAAAGCUAAACUGGGUCGCAGUGUGGCCAUGGAUAUUCAAAAGUUCAAGUUCUUACUGGUAUCACAGGAUGAAAGUGAGGAUUAUGUGGCCCACAUGUGGCGCCGUGUCGCGCUCAUGUCCCGUGAGACGGCAGAGCAGCUCCUGUCCUACCAGAAUGCAAUCGAGGCUCUCAAUAGUGAGAGCAAUGAAUGGCUGAAGGUGGACCUGUUAUUUGAGUUUGCCCAGUGGUUGUGUGUGAAGGAUUUCCCCGUAGAUGACAGUAUAGACCAGGUGGAGUGGGCAGUCACCAUCCUGCUCAACAUGCAGACACGCAUCCACGCACGCAGGGAACAUGUUCAAACAGUUGAACAAAAGGAUGUUCAUUUUGAAAUGAAGGCACAGGCAGAGGCUGCAGAAGCAAAGAAGGCCGCAAAAGAUGUACAUUUUUGUGGUGGAAAAGGUGGUAAGAAGGCGGCACCUCCGCCUUUAAAACCAACGACAGUGCCGUCUGCUAAACCAGAAGAGAGGUCAGCUGACAAGGUGAAGGAAGGUGAAGGUCAGGAACGCGGGGUCAAGGAAGAGGACAUUAUCCCCGUCAACAAGGACGCUGUCAUUGGUGCCUUACCAGAGAAUCCUGACUUGAAGCUGGAAGAGCUCUCUGACAUACGGGUCCUGGACGCCCUGUUUCGGGCCCACGUGUUACUUGCGGAGAUUGUGGGUCGCAGUGCCCCUCAGUAUCGUGACUAUCUGGUCAUGGCACAUACCUACCUCAUGAGAAUAUGGCAGGUGACUGUGCCCGUGUCAGGUCCCACCAUGAAGGAGAUACUGAAGAACCCUCCCCAGGCCACUCAGGACUCCGGGGGCAAGGGAUCUGCCAAGAAGAAGGGAGACAAGGGGCCAGAUAAGGGACCGGUGAAGGAGAAACCCAAGAGGAAAGGUCCUCUGGAUGUCCUUCCUGCAAGCCUGGAGGACUGGGCUGUGUAUGAUGUGCCUGACGAGGUGCUGGAGGCAUUCAAGCAUGACAUGAUGGUGGAGACCGGCAUCAACAAACAUACCCUUACCAAGCCAAUGUUGACGCUGCACUACCUGGAGUCACUUGUGCGCCAACUUCGGGACGUAGGCUACAACCACCUGGUAUUACCGGUGCUAGCGCUGGAGGACGUGUUGUCUCGCAGUCUACUCCAGAACGACUCUCUCAAGUUCCUGGUGCAUGUUAGGGCCACGGAAGUUUGUCUAGAGCUCAACCUCACUAAUGGCUAUGCCUUUCAUGAGAAGGUGUGCGGAGUCAUGGGGUUGAAUGAGCUGGACAUCGCUAAGUCGCGAGACACCAUCGCUCUGUGGAAGGAAAAGCAGGCCCAGGUUAUCAAGGAGGAGAUGAGGGUACGCGAACAGAUCGCGAAACUGUCGCUGGAGGCAAAACAGUCUACGAGGGCUAGCUACGUGUCCAGGCGCACAGCAGACACCAAUGAAGGGUCGGAGGACAGCAAGGUGGAGUCCCAUCUCGGCAAGGUGCUUGGUGCCGUACAGUUCAGGGAUGUGUGGACGGACACUGCGGAAGUACUCAUCAGACAGGGCCACUACCAGACAGCGCGGGAGUUCCUGAUGGAGGCCCACGCUGCGUCCACGGCGCUGGAUGACGUCCCCCUGCAGGCUCGAACCCUUUACCUUCUGGCCCAGCUGGCUUAUGAAGAGGCACAGUAUGGGCAGGCAGUCAACUACUGUAUGAAGGCACAGAGCCUGCACCACGGAGAUGAGAUGUACUGGUUUGAGACAACCAUUCUGAUGGUUGAUGCCACGCUGCGAGACCACGAUAACCGCAACUGCAAGAGGAUCGCACGUGGGCUACUUCUGCACGCGCUGAACGAGUUCCUUAGAAUCAAGGAUGAGAGACCAAACCGUGCAGGGGUGCUGGGAUACGUGAGCUCCAUGCUUGAAGCAAGACUGGCAGGCACUCAGUGGCAGAUCAUCCUAGAGGAGUAUGACAACAUCAAUGAGCCGGCCAUCAUGAAGCGUGUACAUGAGAUUUGUGAGAAAUACGAUGAUGCCAUUAACCAGCUCCUGCGUCUGGGAUACAAGCGUGAAUCUCUACCCCUGAUGCGUGAACAUGCUGCGAUACUCAGGAAGAUGGCUAGUGACUCAAUUGAGCCUGAGAUACGACACACAUACUUCCUGCAAGCUAUGAUUGUGCUGAAGGACUCCAUGGCAACCACAGAUGAAGUGCUGGUUGAUGUUCAGUCACUGUACUCACUACAAGAGAUUCGCAACAUGUCGCUGCCAGUCCAGCGUGAAGCGGCCAGCUGCAAGAUCGCCUGUGGUGAGUUGCUGCUGGAGAUAUUCCGAGUGCAUGCCCGUGAGUCACGAUCCCUACAGAUGGAGGACACGCGCAAGGGCUCGGUACUCAAGAUGGUGGAAGACUUCAUACGCUCCACCCCUGUGUAUACACACAUGGAGAAAGACUGGGCCGAGACUGUCAGGGUGGUAAUAGAGGAUGCCCUUGUGAAGUUCCUAGAUGCGCACAGCCUGUGUGGGUCCAUUCCUCGCCUGCGCUCCCAAGCCCUCUGUGGUAUUGGCCAGUGUCUGAGAGCCCUUUCCCUUUACACCAGCCCGGACGCACCCACACUGUGGAUUGUCACUGAUAUGGAGCUUGCCAAGUUGUCGAGUAUAGCGGAGGAGGAGGAUGAGGGUGAAGGGGGAGUGGGGGCAGAGCUAGACCAGCACUCCAGACAGUUCCUGAAAUACGCUAAGCAGAUACGUGAUAUCAAGACUGCCAAUCAGGUGUCACACAGGUACCUCAUUCAGGCUACAGAAUGCCUUGUACAGGCACUGAUGCUGGCACUUAACAAGAAAUACAUUGACAUAGCUUCAGCGGCUGCCCAAGAGCUCGUGGAGUGUUUUGGUCAGUUUGACCCGGUCAUCAGCACACAGUUCCUGGUGCUCUACCAGAGCUGCAGCGUAUCUCUACACCUUGCAGAACUACUUAACAAGGCCCAGAUGGACCCGAUACAGUCCAAGCUGGCCGCGUUACUAAGACAACGCCACAACUUGCUGCUGCGUGAUGUCUCCAUGAACACCAGGGGGAGCUCGGUGUGGCGGAGUGUGGAGACCUCUCUAGAGUCAGACUGGCAGGCCUGGAAGAAGAUGGAGAUACUGCCCAACCAUCUGGACAUCCUAAAGGAGCUGCCGCGCAACUUCAACUUCCUGGUGCUGCAACACUCCCCAGACAAGAACUUCCUAUAUGGAGCUGUUCUGGAGAAAUCAAAGAAUCAGAUGGGAGCAGCAGCUGGAAAACAGAAAGAGGGAGGGUCUAAACAGACAGUACCAGCCCCAAGCCGAGCUAAAAUCGUUGGCAUGGAGACCAGUAGGGCUGAGUUGGAGGCUCUACAGUCUAAGUGUCGCAGUCAUCUUCAGAACGUGCAGCAGCUCCUGGUGAAGCAGGAAUACCAGCGGUCCCAGGCAGCCAUGAGGCGCAAGAUGUUGGAGAACCUUGACGAUAGCAUGAAGGGCAAUAAACCCAAGUCGCUGAUUGAAGAUGGGGAGAAGGAAGAGCACCUCCUGCAAGACGAGUUCAGAGACCUGGUUAUGUCCCUUGAGAUGUACCUGAAGCCCCUCACCCAGCAGCUGGAUGGCGUGCUGCUCCCUCCCACUACAAGCCCAUCAACCAGUACAACCGACAAGGCUGGGCGCGAGCCCAAAGAACCCCCUGCCCCACCACAGGAGUACGCCAUCCUCCUGGCUGACCCAGACCUCAUGGAGCUACCUCUGGAGGCACUCAAGAUCUUCCAGGCUGACUUUGUGUCGUUGUCUCGAGACUUCUCACUGCAGCUGUUCUACCACCGCUACUUCCAGGACAGCCCACCUAUAGACACAGCAGGUGAGGACGCUGCAGCGGCAGCCAAGAAGGUGAAGGCCAAGGGAGGGGACCAGCCCUUCUCCAGGAUACCAGGCCUGAGAGAUGCCAGCAAGAAAAUGGCAAAGAUUAUUCCUCUCAACCGCCCUGGCAACCCCUGGAACAUUCCUGUAGACACUAUGAACUUUAGAUUUAUCGUAGAUCCUCAUCUGGACUGUGCAGAAACAGAGGAGAACAAGCCUAUAAGCGUGUUCAAAAAGGUUCUGGAGACCUAUGAGCAGCAGUUCACACCUCGGUGGCUGGGAGUGAUGGGCGAGGAACACACACCGAGUGUGGGUGAGUGGGAGAUCUACCUGAUAGAGAACAGCUCAUUCAUCUUCUAUGGCAUGGAGCGACUCCUCUCCUACAUACCGCCUGCAAAACUCUCCGCACUUAAUGUACCGGAAUGUAUGCUGCUGUACUCCAUGGACAUGGCCCAGACCACCCAGAGCUUCACCCGUCAGUCCAAGGUGGACGUGCUCAAGAGCUCCAUAACGCUGGCACUGGAGAAACCUGUGGAGACGGCCAUAUUGGCGAGCCUGUCUGGCAUCAAAUGCAUCAUGGGAAAUCAGUGGCACUGCACGCUGGCCGAGAACGCUAGCAAACUCAACACCAACAUGAAAGAUCUGUUAGAGGGCGGCAUGUCUACGGGUGAAUGUGCAAGGAUGCUGUUUGCCCCUCAUCGUCGCAAGUUACCCAAACCGGAAGAAACCGCACCACCUGAGGGAGCAGACGCUGGGGGCAAGAAUGAGAAAGACAAGGAAGAAGAUGUGAAGAGUGUGAUGGAGGAUUCGUUGACAGACAGGUCGCUGUUCAGUGAUAAGACGUCGACAGUGGAGGAAAGUGUGGAUGCCCAGAGGUCCUGGUUUAACAUGGUCUGCUAUGGGCUGCCCAACCUGAUAGUCACACAGCUCUAGGCAGGCGAGGUCCUGGUUUAACAUGGUCUGCUAUGGGCUGCCCAACCUGAUAGUCACACAGCUCUAGGCAGGCCUCUACAUAUGCCUUUACUACUCAGAUAAGGCAUUUUAACCCGUUUGUAGUCCCUUAGAUAAUCAAAUUAAAUUACAGACAAUUCUGGUUAGAUUCAAGUGCUUAACGCUUACUUUCCAACCCUAAGAUGCGACUUACUUGAAGGCUGUUCCAAUUUUAUGCUGGUUGCAUAUACCGGUAGCCAUCUUCACUUUGUUUUUGAGUGGGAAAGAGUUAAACAGCAAAGAUUGUGUGUAAUAACUGCAGAAAAUGCACUUCAUGACUUUUUAACCUUUGUGAUUGAAUCCCAAAGAGUAACAUGUGUGUGCGUAUUGUGUAGCAUCUUUUACCAAUAAACAUUUAAGGGCAAUGUCCGAUUCUCGUAUGCUUCAAAAGCAAACAUCUGCUGUCAGAAAACUUGCAGUUUGCUGUAAAUACUUUAUGUUGGUAUAUAACAAUAAAUUUAGGAAUUUAUGUUCAUGAAUUGGUUAUAAAAUGUACCUAUUUGUGGGAAUACAUAAAUGGAACAAAUAAUACUGUGAUAUUUUGAUUUAAUUUAUUGAAACAUGUUUGAUAUAUUUUGUCUGUUUCAUUUAAGAUCGAAUAAACUAAUUAUCGCAUA